AUGACAAUUAGUCAUAACGGAAAAGCAAUUUUUGAAUUCAUGAUUCAAAAUGAGAUAGAUGAUGAUCCUAUAUUCUCACCACCUUUUGCAACAUCAAAUGAUACAUUUUGGCAAUUAAAAUUUUACAAGACGGAUCCUGACAAUCGUGGAAGUUGUAUUUUAUAUUUGAUCGCGAUUCCAAAUCACGAGGAAGCAUUGACGACAAAUGUUUGGGAGACGCGUAAAAAAUUAUCAGUUGUGCUAUACAUUAAAAGUCAGGAAUACGAGAGAUAUAAUCCUAUCAAGACGGAUAAAUUUACCGUGAGGUCAUAUUCUUGGGGUGUCAACUUUCCUUCUUUGCAAGAUUACCGAAAGGUUAACAUUGGUAUCAUUUUCUCGGAUAUCACAAUCGAAAAAAGUCAAUUCAAUUCGGAAAUCAUUUCCAAUCAAGUUUCAAAGGAAUUGAUGGCGACGUGGAUAGAUGAGUCCAACAACACCGAGAACGCAGACAUUCAAUUAAAUUUUAAGGAUGGGAUCAUUCACACUUAUCAAUCGAUCCUCAGUAACCGUUCAGAAUAUUUUCGUAAAUUAUUUCAAGAGAGGAAUGACAAAAAGAGGAAGGUUGAUACAAACAACAAUUAUGUCAACAUCGAUAUUCAAGAAUUCUCCCGUCAAACCUUCCUGAAGGUAAUUCGUUUCAUGUACACGGGUAAGAUCGAAUUUAAUAAUACCGAUAUCAUCCCGAUGGAAAUCUUUAAAAUAGCCGAUUACUAUCUUAUAUCGGAUUUAAGGCAAAAGGCGAGAGUAGAAAUUUACAAAAGGUUACACUUUGAUAACGUGGUUAAGGUUUUAUUCAGUGAAGGUUAUAAAUGGAAGGACUUGAAAGAUGACAUGAUCAAUUAUAUCGUUUAUAAUUUUGAUAAAAUCAAAGAUACUCUCGAGUAUAAAUUACUCGCCAUAGAUAAUAGAGGUCAUCCGGCUGCUAUCGAACUCAUGCAGGAGAUUAUUUCAAUCUUGUUUUAUAAAAAAUCCUUAAAGUAG